AUGAGCCAUAACGUCUUCCCGUCUCCAAAAUAUGGAGAUCGUCGUUCGGAUGAGAUAUACGAUGAGAAGGCCGCUGUCGACAUGAUUGAUCGAGUCGAGACUGCAAACACACAAGGAUUGACACGGAUGGAGGCCCCUGAACUCGUACGCAACAUGUCUCCAGACGAGCGAGCGCACGCGGAAAAAGCCCUGGUUCGGAAAAUCGACUUCAGACUCAUGCCAAUGCUUGUUAUAAUGUACAUCCUCAACUACCUUGACCGCAACAACAUCGCUUCAGCACGCCUAGCAGGACUGGAGACGGAUCUAGCCUUGACAUCCUCACAAUAUGAGACCAGUGUCUCGAUCCUGUUUGUCGGAUACUUGUUGAUGCAGAGUAAGAGUGGCUGCCACAAUUCUACAAAUCUUCCUGCUAAUAGUAACNNAGUCCCUUCCAACCUGUUUCUUAACAAGAUCGGCAAACCCGCUCUAUAUCUCCCUGCAGUGAUGUGCAUCUGGGGCGUUAUCUCAACAUGCACAGCUGCGGUACAGAGCUUCGGCGGACUUGUAGCAGUCAGAUUUGUGCUAGGUUUUGUCGAAGCUGCCUAUUUCCCUUUCCGCUCUGCUGUACUCUACUCUGGCUCGUUGAUCUCGGGCGCAUUCUCAGGUCUCAUCGCUGCUGGCAUUCUUGACGGCUUGAACGGAAAUCUUGUCAUCAUCGAAGGUUGCAUCACCAUCGGAAUCGCUUUUAUCUCUUUCUUCGUCCUACCGAAUUUCCCUCGUACCACCAAGUGGCUCUCUGAAGAAGAACGCCAACUCGCUGUCUGGAGGCUUCAAGAGGAUAUUGGUAUGGAUGAUUGGGUCAGCAGCGAGGGACAAACUUUCUGGCACGGCUUCAAACUCGCUUUCUUGGACAUUAAGACAUAUAUCCUCAUGGCCUUGCUGUUUGGCAUUGUUGCUAGUGGCUCUGUUACCAACUUCUUCCCAACAGUCGUGGCAACCUUGGGUUACAGCAAGAUCGUCAGUCUGUGUCUGACCGCACCACCCUACUGUUUAGCUGUUAUCACCGCUUUCUGUAACGCCAUUCACGCGGAUCGUACUGGAGAGCGUUUCUUCCACAUCACCAUCCCUCUCUUGUUUGCAGUAGCCGCAUUCAUUCUUGCCGCUGCUACAACUUCCACCGCACCCCGCUAUGUCGCCAUGAUGCUUAUGGUCCCGGGAGUUUACACUGGAUAUGUCGUUGCUCUUGCCUGGAUCAGUAACACAAUUCCUCGUCCACCCGCCAAGCGUGCUGCUGCUCUCGCCGGUAUUAACGCCAUCUCCAACGCCAGCAGUAUCUAUGCCUCGUACAUGUACCCACAAUCAGCGGGGCCAAGAUAUGUUGUUGCGAUGAGUGUGAACUGCGCUACCGCUGCCUUGGCAAUCAUAAUGGCUUUCACACUGAGGACGAUUCUGAUGAGGUUGAACAAGAAGCUCGACAGAGGCGAGCAUGUGGAGGGUGCUGUCUCCGCCGGACAGGCUAUUCCUGGCGAGGCAGCCAAGAAAGGAUUCCGGUUCUUGCUGUAG